AUGCCGGAUGCUGCUGCUGCAACUUUCCCGAUUCAGCUGUCGCUGUUGGAGCGACUGCCUGAGGAUCGUUGGAGGAUGAUGGGCGGUGCACACAUGAUGGAUUGGGAGGAGCAGCUGUGGACACACACGUCCAUGGUCAUGGUGGGUACAUCCAACCACAGCGACGCAGUCAUGCGCAGCUCCGCCAUCUCCGCCAUUGCCAUCGACCGCACAGCCGCCAUCACACUCCGGCCGACACCAGCUCCAAUCUGGCGUGAGGCAGACAUUGCACAUGUCAGUCGCUCUCAUGAAGAGGCGCCCCCUCGACACGUGCCUGUGCAAGGCUUAGCGCAUCAGCUCAGGCACGCAGCUGGUGUUCAGCAAAGAGGGCGGGCGGGGUCUGCCUCGACUACUCCCGGACCCAAGCAUGCAGGCCAAGACAUUGCCGUGCCGGACCCCCGGCAGCCUUCAUCCAGACCGCACGAAACGCGGCAGCCCAGAGCAGACACCAUUGUGCUCGAAAACGCCACCACAACCACAAACGUGCACGACCUCACCACAUUCACGCCUCCGUGGCCUGUUGCUGUUGUUCUUCUCCUUGUUGGUGACCUGCUUCUUUUCCUCCCGCUUGUGCGCGUUCGCCCCGUGUCGGUGCGCGGGCAGAGCCAUGUGCGCCAGGUCAAUAAACGGGAACGUCCUGAGAAACGCCUCCAUGUGCACGGCUGUACUGGCCAUCCCGCACACCCACCACAGAGCUGGUUGCUUGGCGACCCAUCGACUUUGUAUGCGCACGCCGCCGAUGCCCGAGUGCCAACGUGCGGCGGGACAGCGCUGCCUCUCCCUCUCCCCUUCAAGUCCUCAGCUCUCCUCUCAGUCCUUCAGUCCACACCACCCUUGUGUGUGACCACGGUGUGCAUGAGCGUACUCGCCGCCUCAGGCUGA